AGCCAAAAGCCAUUGAAAUUGGAUGGAAAUGACACAUUCCAAUUCACAUUAAAAAACAUUACUUUGACAUUUGGCCAUUUUCAUUUGCUACAUUUACUUUUAGCAGAUCCUAUAUAGUGCUAUUAUGUAUAGUGUAAGUGAUAGAUUGACAAUUAGUUUCAUCGUCCCACUGUACUCAUUCAAAGUAACUCAAGAUUUUUAUGCAAUUUUGGAAAAGAAAACUGAAAGGGUCCAAGUGAUCACCAGAUGAAUGAUACUGACUCAGAAAUCUCAGCUCCACUAAUUCAAAGAGAUGAUGAUGAUAACUCUCCGGUUGAACAAGUGGCACUCACCGUUCCCAUCACCGACGAUCCCACUAUUCCUGUCAUCACUUUCCGCAUGUGGUUUCUCGGCACUAUCGCAUGUUUUCUCCUCUCAUUCCUCAACCAAUUCUUCUGGUACCGCCGUGAACCCCUCACCAUCACCUCCAUCUCCGCCCAAAUCGCAGUGGUUCCGUUAGGCCACCUCAUGGCUAACGUCAUUACAGACCGAGUUUUCUUUAAAGGAAGCAAGUACGAGUUCACACUGAAUCCAGGCCCAUUCAACGUUAAAGAACACGUGCUGAUCACGAUAUUCGCUAACUCUGGAGCUGGGAACCCGUAUGCGAUUCAUGUGGUUAGUGCAGUGAAGUUGUUUUACAAGAAGAAGUUGACUGUUUGGGUGGCGUUGAUGGUUGUUGUUACCACACAAGUGUUGGGGUUUGGUUGGGCUGGGAUUUUCCGACGGUAUUUGGUGGAGCCGGCAGCCAUGUGGUGGCCCCAAAAUCUAGUUCAGGUGUCACUAUUCAGGGCCCUUCAUGAUAAAGAAGAGAGAGCCAAGAAUGGACUGACAAGAAACCAAUUCUUUCUCAUUGCCUUUGUCUGCAGCUUUGCUUACUAUGUCUUUCCAGGUUACCUUUUCCCAAUGCUAAGUUCCAUUUCUUGGCUGUGUUGGUUAUUCCCUUACUCUGUCCAAGUCCAACAGUUGGGUUCAGGGCUUCAUGGCCUUGGAAUAGGCGCCAUUGGGCUGGAUUGGUCCAGUAUAUCCUCCUAUCUUGGAAGCCCACUAGCUAGCCCAUGGUUUGCUACUGCAAACAUUGCUAUUGGUUAUUUUCUCAUUAUGUAUGUUGUUACACCUCUUAUGUACUGGUUCAAUGUUUACAAGGCCAAGAACUUUCCAAUAUUCUCGGAUGGAUUGUUUAAAGAAAAUGGUCAAGAGUACAACAUUUCAACCAUCAUAGACCCAAACUUUCACAUUGAUUUAGAAAAGUAUGAGCACGAGGGUCGCCUAUAUCUCAGCAUUUUCCUUUCACAGACAUAUGCAUUCAGCUUUGCCUGCCUCACUGCCACAGUUGUUCAUGUCUUCCUCUUUCAUGGACGGGAUCUAUGGCAGCUCAGCAAGUCUGCUUUACAGGAGAAGAAAAUGGACGUGCACACAAAGCUCAUGAGAAAAUACAAGCAAGUUCCUGAAUGGUGGUUCACGAGUAUUCUACUAGUAAAUAUUGCAGCAACUGUAUUUGUAUGUGAAUAUUACAAAAACCAGCUUCAAUUACCAUGGUGGGGUGUUUUGUUAGCGUGUGGCAUUGCAUUCUUUUUCACCCUCCCAAUUGGAGUCAUUACUGCUACCACAAACCAAACACCUGGUUUGAAUGUGAUCACGGAGUACAUAAUGGGAUACUUGUAUCCAGGAUAUCCAGUUGCUAAUAUGUGCUUCAAGGUGUAUGGUUAUAUCAGUAUGAAGCAAGGUUUAACAUUCCUGCAAGACUUAAAACUUGGACAUUAUAUGAAGAUUUCCCCUAGGGCAAUGUUCAUGGCUCAGGUUGUUGGAACCUUAAUAUCAGCAGUUGCGCAUCUGGGAACAGCAUGGUGGCUAAUGGACACUGUCCCAAAUAUUUGUGAUAGGGCUCUACUUCCUCAAGACAGUCCAUGGACAUGCCCAAUGGAUCAUGUAUUUUAUGAUGCCUCAGUGAUCUGGGGUCUGAUUGGGACAAAGAGGAUUUUUGGAGGUCUGGGCUAUUACUCUGCGACAAAUUGGUUUUUUCUUAUUGGAGCUGUAGCUCCUGUGUUUGUUUGGUUAUUACAGAAAGCUUUCCCAAAGCAUCAAUGGAUUAAAUUGAUUUCAGUGCCUGUGGUAUUAGCCGGAAUAAUUAAAAUGCCACCUGCUACUGCUGUCAACUACAACAGUUGGAUCAUUAUUGCGUUUAUUUCAGGAUUUGUUGUAUAUAGAUACUACAAGAAUUGGUGGAGUCGUCACAAUUAUGUCUUAUCGGGGGCAUUAGAUGCCGGAUUAGCAUUCAUGGGUGUAUUGUUGUACUUGUGCUUAGGACAAGAGCAUGUUAGCCUUCAGUGGUGGGGAAGUCAUACAGAUACAUGUCCUUUGGCUUCUUGUCCAACUGCGAAAGGGAUUAUGAUUGACGGAUGCCCGAUAUUGUGGUGAUGGCCAUGGCCAUGGUUCCAUCUAUAAGUGUCAAAUUUGUUGGACAACAUUGUUACAGACUUUUGUUUGUGAUCGUGGCUCUUGUUUGUGUAUUCGGGCUUCUACUGGAUGUGUCAUUGGCAGCAAGAAAAGAGGACUCUAUGUCAAAGUUUUACGAGUACAAGAUGUCGCAAACUUCUGUCAGAGAAUCAUGACUCAAGAAAAUGAUCUGUGAAAAAUAAAACUUGGAUUGUUUCCACUGUUCUUAUACCUCCUGUGAUGAAAUGAAAACUGCAAAAAUUGUUUCUGGGACAACAAUUACAAUAGUAAAUUUCUUUGUAUAAUAUAUAAACUUGCCAAUUUUACUCAACUUGUUUUCUUCACCCUGCAAUCUGAGUAAGGAAAUGAGUAGAGAUAACAAUAUAACACCAUGUCAAGUAGUUAGCUUUUACUACUUCUGCGUCAAAUUAUACGGUCUAAUUUGAUUUUGAAAUUUAACCAGUAAUAUUUCCGAAGAAAGAAUUUUAGUGAAUUAUGGGUCUAGGAAAUACACAGAAUACGCCGUCGUAGUAUCAUUGAAAUAGCCGAAUUAUCAGAAGUCGGUAAAAGAUCUGAGAAGUGAAAUAUGGAAGCAAAUAGCUCGAAUUCAACCCAAAAAAAAAAAUGCAUUAUAUCUUCUUUGGUAGAAGAUUCUUAAACGUGCUAUUCUUGGUGGCAAUUCAUCUAAUACAGGAAUAGCAAAACGUAUGUGAUACAUAAACCCAAGCCCAUGUUGUAAAAAAUGUUGGAUCAUCUGAACUGAAUUGGGUGUGUUUCAGAUAAUCAAUCUGAAGUAGGUAUUAAGCGAAUAUCACGAAAGGCAACUCACCGCUAGCUUCAAUUUGAUUCCGUGCCAUCUUCAGGGCUCACAAAAUGCUGUUUCGGCUACACAUUGCCUUUUGCUAGUGCUCCUCCACUUCUUCUCAGUGAAUUAUCAGUUUCAAAGUUUCUGGGUCUUUCUAGGUUUUGUUUCUUUCUUAGCCUCCUUAAGAAUUUGAUUAAUACUGCUCCCUUGGUGUUAUAUUGUGGUCUCUUUCACCCUUGCAAACAAGACACAACCGAACAUAAACAGAACUUGAUGAAGUCCGAGAAAGGAUAAUCUUGCGGAUCUCAGUGACUUUGGGGUCUGUAACAAAUAUCAUAGUGGAAACACUGGGUUGUCUGUCAAUGGCCGUGAGGAAGUCCUUGCUUACUACUGUCUGUCACAUGCAGACAUUUCCAGGUUUCAGAUAUGUUCUAUGUUAAGUUGAAUGCAAAAAAAAAGUUCUUAAACCUGAAAGUGAUCCAAGUUACACAUAUGUUGGACUUUUUAAGGCAGAAAAGAGUCAUUGAACUUGGAUCUGGAUAUGGCUUAGCUGGAUUAGCUGUUGCAAUGACGACGGAAGCAUUAGAAGUUAGCAUAUCAGAUGGAGAUCCCCAAAUAGUCGGUUGAAUCCUUCUUAUGCAAUUGCUAGAUGAGCAUAAUAAUAAUACUGAGUUUGGCCCCCGGUCACUCUCUGACACAAAUAUGUGACGAUAGGAUGCAGUUAUGAUUUUAAGAUUCUUUUUCUCUCUUCAACUUUUUCGGUUCAUCAGUAUCCACAUACAUUUGGGGGGUUCCUCUUAUAUCCCCAGGGGACCAUCCUUAUGAGUAAGGAGGAACAAGAACAAAAACUGGUGAUUGCUAACCAUUCCUCUUAAUGUUUGUAGAAAAAACAAUUUGGUUCACCUAGUAGACUUCUCAAAGUGGAACCGUAACUGUCAUUAGAGGUAUAAUGCUAGUCAUUUAUUGAAUGGACUAUCACAACCUUUUAGAAUCAAUUUUUUCUUUAUCGAUCACUUGACUUGUUCUAUGCUUGUUGGCUCCAAUUAUAGCCGAAACCAUGUGUACUGGUUUGUGAUGUUGACGAGGUGAUGUUUCUCUUUUUCGUUUUUUGAAAAUUCUACUAUAUUCCUACCACUGAUUUUACAGAAUAUCUAAUAAAUUAUCAUCUUUAGUUUAUACCAUGUAUUUUCUGUCCUUGACAUUUACUUAACAUUUAGAUAUACAGCACGAUAUCAAUGCGAACUCUGGUGGAUUUGGUAGAACAGAAGUGAAGCCAUUGAUGCUACACUGGGUCAGGAUAAAGACUCUAAUAUCCCCAACAAGUUUGAUAUUAUCAUCGCAAGUGACUGCACUUUCUUUAAGGAAUUCCAUCAAGAACUUGCCCAAACCAUCAAAUCACUGCUGAAAAAGGUUCAGCCCCAAAAGAGUGGAUUCACAGGACAAGUUUCUGCUAAAAGUGAAAGAUAGUGGCUUGCGUUUCAGCAUAGAUGAGAUCUAUGACAAACAAGUUUGGAAAAGUCAUUAGAGAUUCGUUAAAGGUGAUGACACCUUGCCUAAGUAUGAGAUGGGUCAUUGCUAUCCUGUACUGGUCAGAAUUACAUGGUGAACAUUCACAGUGCAGUCUUACAAGAGUCCCAUAUUUUCUUUUUUAAAUGGAGUAUUAUUUAGCCAAGAUGAUAUUUUAUGCAUUAUUCCACUGUGGAGAAGUUAAUGAGCACUCCCCUUAUCAAAGUUUUUUGGGUCCCAGCUCUUCCUAAGAGUUCUGAAUGUCUUGUUGAGUUGAACUGCAAAAACUGGAGCGGAGCUAUGUUGCUUACUAGUUGGUGCUCUUCCAGUGCUGAUUUAACUGAAAUUCUGAACUCGGGAAGAAUCUUUGUAUUCGAAUUGAAGAACAAUUGAACUUCAUGUCUUAACUUAAAUACGAGCAUUACAUAGUUUCUUAGAUUUACUAUAAGGAUGGGUCACUUUAGUUCAGCAAAUAGGCUAAUGUCAUAGUUUCUCUAGCAGUUUAUACAUUAGUGUUACCAUCCAUGGAAUUGUAUAUCUUCAGUUCAUCAACUCAA